AUGGCCAUGAGGGGCUCGGGUUCAGCCGUGCCAUACAAUCCCCAGCAAUGGACGCGGGGAGGGAACGUCAGCGGGCAGCAUGUCCAGCAUAGCCAGACGUCGGUCCCUACGAGGCUCCAGGAUGUGACGGGCAUGGAAGCGUCGAUGCCCUCCCCACCGCCUCCGUACUCCCCCGGCCAGAAUCCGAACGUAUCGCAGUCCCUGAGCAGCCAUAGCAAUACCUCGUCUCCUCAGAUGUCGGCCGGCGCGUUUCCGCAUCCUCCACCUCCCCCACCACCGAGUAGCACCCCUUCCUCGGCGCGACCAAUCUCUGGGUACCAUAGCCGACCCGGAUCUAUGGUCAUACCCUCUAGCGCGACGAGCAUAACGUCGAAUCCGCUAUUCCCUCCUCCACCGCCCAGAAACGGGCCUGGUCGGUCAGCAUCGCGCGACAAGUUGGCUUCCAAGUUUAGUCUGUCGUCGUUCAGGAAUCGGAACAAUGACCAUAGUCCUGCCCCGAGCAACAUCGACUCGCUUCAUAUCAGCACUUCCGAUGCGAUUCAGCGGGCACCAGCUUCUCCUGGCCUGGUCGCACAGAGGGCAACUUCCAAUUACAUUGCAAACACGUUAGAACGGCGGUACAGUCCCGACACACAGUCGCCUAUCCGGGCACCAACCUCUCGCAGAGCUGCAUCUGCUGGCGUACCAGGCUACGAGACCCGGACGCCUAUUGACGAGUCGCCCAUAGUUCCACCAGGAGGGAGCUGGAGUCGAAAUGCCCCAUUACCCCCGCCUCCGCCGGGCCCGCCGCCCAGCAGCUCAAGAUCGCAAAGUAUGGGCCCCGGAACAGAACCGCCAGCAAAUCGAGCGCCUACUUUACCCUCCGCGCCUCCAACGAGGAGGCCAGGUCAAACAACAUUAACGCCGAUACCACCUACACCCCAGGGCUGGCAGGAAGAGCCGCAGAACGUGCGAUCAAGAUCCCCUGCAGCACACGGCCUACACAUUGAUACAAGUCCUCGCGCUGUCCAUCUAUCAGAUCCUGCGCCAACGUCAGAAAGCGGAAGCGUUUCGAUAUCUUCGGGGCCAACGACUAUCACAUCGGGUUCCGGGAGCACUCUCUAUCGCGCAAACAAACGGGAAUCUAGUACCAGAGGCAUUCGGGAGCGAAGGAGCGAGAGUCGUGCUGCUCGGGAGCUACGGAUCGAGCCGAGCAACAACCCUUGGGCGCAAGAUUUAGAAGCAGAGUCAGCAAAACCCGCCAAUCUCGACUUGGGAACGCCUGAGGGUGGGUUGACGCGUCGUGGUGCCAUCACCAAAGGCACACCGAGGAGUGGUGGCGCCCUACGAUCGCCCAGGAGCGGACACCUCUUUGAAGACCCUGGGUCGUCGCAUUCUACGCCUCGGAUGGACGUGAACGGAAAGGCGGCAUCUUUGUCCGUCGCAACGCCACCUUUCUCGCCAGGUAUGGAACAUCUCAGUCGUUCAGCACAAAAAGCACCCGUCUCCAUUCCCUCGAAAGCGCUACCCACUCCACCGUUGCGUAUCUAUGGUGAUGAUGGAGAAGCGGAUCUGACGCGACACUCAGAAGCUGCAAACGAAUCGGCUACGCAAACACCCAACACAUCGAGAAUGGGCGUACAAAGCUCAACGCUGAGCACACCCAAGCCAGCAAACAUCCACGCUUUUGCGACUGCCUCCAUGGAGCGACAUCGACAGUUCAUUGAAAAAGAGAUGGCUGCGGAAACGGACCAAGACAGGCUGGAGUUGUUUGCCGAGUUCAUUGUCACUGAGUCGCGACUCCGCCGUGAUCGGUACUCUGGAGCUUUCGACGCAAUGGCCGGAGACAUUAUGGAUCUGACAAGAGAUUUGUGGCGCUCGUACGGCAAUUCUGGGCGCAGAUCAGCUACACCAAACACCCAGGCCACGCCUGUAGGUCAUAGUAGCAGGAGAUCUCAAGGAUCUGUAGCCGGCGAAUCUCCAGAUACACGCUUCUCCUCGAUGCCGACGACAGCUGCUAGCCCGGCAUCCUCCAUUGGCAACUUCACUCCGCAUACCGAACCGGCCUCUCCUUCGAGCGCAUCUAGCCAGAAAGCUCGCGAUGCUUCGUGGGCGAACAACUACCACCCCUCGCUCUCGCCCAUCCCGAGUAUGGCUAUGAGUACCAUUCCUGAUGAGCAAGAUUCGCGGGGACGCUCAGCAAGUCGCUGGUGGGAGAGCGAUGGCGGCUCAUCUGGCGUAGGAGGUGGCAGAAGGGUGGAGCGGAGUAAGCGGGAAUCCAAAUACAUGAGUUUGUUACCGAAAGAGGCCCGCGAGAACCAACAGUGGGCGGGUGAAGAUCUCUCUACUCCCAGGCAACGAGGCGAAUCUAGCAGUCGACCAGCUUACGGAGCCAAUGAAUACCCACCCGAGAAGGUCGGACUGCACGAAGACAGUCUACAGUCAUCGCAGCAGCAGCCUUACGGUUACUAUCCCAGGUCUGCUACGGCGACGCCCGACCCACACAAGCUGGACGUAUCACGAUUAGUCACUCUCCCGCCAUCGUACCCACGUCAUCACCCCGCAGUCAACAAUAGCCAUCCCGAUUUGGCAACUAUCCGGACUAGCCUCCGAACUCUAUCUGAGCUCGACGAUGUAAAGAGUACAAAGGCGAAGUUCAAGGCGAAAAUUGAAGCACGAAAAGAGCAAGAAAAUGCAUCGCUGUCUGACAGAAGAGCCCAACUGCGAUACAACAUCCAGGACAAUGUUCGGAAUGGAGUCAUGUCGUUUGCUGAGGCGGCGAAAGCAGAAGCGGACUUCGAAGCGCGCGAGCACCAAAGAGCUCAGGACGUAGUCCAAUGGGUGUUCGACAGCUUUCAGGCUGAAGUCGCCAAUCCACUGCACGCCAUGUUCUGUGAGCGCAUCACCAAGGCCACGGCAUCGAUGGAGCAUCUCAAAGGGCGUUUGAGCAGCGAGGCGCAGGAGCCCAAUCCGAACCAGAUGCAGGAGGAGGGCGACGAGAAACCAGAACUCCUGGAGAUGCUUACCCUGCACAAAUGGCUCUUUGAGGCCAGAGAGCAGCUGCACAAGGAGAUGUUUGACCUAGAAGACGAGCGCAACGACCUUUACAGAGACAUCAUCGUCUUGCCGUACGUCCAGACCAAGAACGAGCAGAAGGUGAAGGAAGCCACGACCUUCUUCCAGCGCGAUGGCCAGGAUCGCAAAGUCACCUUCGAGAAGGAGACUUUGAAGCGCUACGAAGAUCUGAUGAACGUUAUCGAGCAAAACGUGACUCGGGGUGUCGAAGCGCAGUUGUCAGCUUUCUGGGAUAUUGCGCCUGGACUACUGGAAAUCGUGCAGCAAGUACCCCGCAAUUUGCAUGGCUUCGGAGUUCUGGUCCCACCGCAAGAGUAUGCGGAAACACCAGCAUACCACGACUACCCUCUACAGUAUUUGUACACUCUACUGGCUCAUGCUGGUCGUUCGGCGUACCAGUUCAUUGAGUCUCAGAUCAAUCUGCUCUGCCUAUUGCACGAGGUCAAGACUGGAGUCAUGACCGCGGGCUCCCGACUUCUCGAGACUCAACGACUAUUAGAGGGCGAGGAUCUUACGGGUGUGAAUCAAGAGAUGAAAGCCAUCAGGGCAGACGAAGAACGGCGACUAACGGAUGACCUCAAAGAAAAGGUCGGUCUUGUUGAAAGCCAGUGGAACGAGGCACUUGGGCAAGGCCUGGAAGACUGCAAAGCACGUGUAGAAGACCACUUGACCGAGCAAGGAGGGUGGGAUGAUACUCUCAAGGAGUAG